CGUGCUGUGAAAACAAAUUUUGCUUUAUAAAAUUAAAAUAAGAAUUUUUAUUUUUAAUUUUAGUAAAUAAAUUCUAUUGAAUAUAAAAUAAUUUUUAUUCAACAGAGUUAUUGAAAAAUAUUCGUUAUAAGAAUUAUAAUAAAAAUUAAAUUAGUUUUUAGGUUAUUUUUCAAUUAAUAUUAAAUUGAAAAAUGGAAAAUGAUAGUGAAAAUGAUGUUUUAUGUGAGAAAAUAAUAAAUGAAAUUCAUGCAGUGUUUGUCAAGGACACCGAUUUAUCAUCAUUUGCUAUUGUACCAACAUCUGCAGAUCAAAAGAAUCGAUCACCAGUUCUUCAUGAAGAUCACAAUUUAGGAUUAGAAUCAUGGUGUGCCAAACCAGUUUAUAUGUAUGCUCAUGAACAAAUUUUGGCAUUAAAAUUAGCAAAUCGUUAUUGUCAUAGUGAUUCUAUAAUAAAAUAUGUCAAUAUAGCACUAUUAAUUAAUUCAGAUGUAACAACAUUUUGGCAUAUACGAAGGGUUUUAGUUGAAAAAAAUAAACUUGAACUUCAUAGAGAAUUUCAAUUUGCAUCAUUAGUUUUAUCUGUUAAACCAAAAUCAAAUGAAGCAUUUAGUUAUAGACGAUGGUUAUUUUCAUUCCGAAGUUAUGAAUCAAUUGAUUGGUCAUUUGAAAUUGCAAUAUGUGAUCGAUGUGGUGAUAGAAGUUCAAGUAAUUAUCAUGCAUGGACACAUCGUGAAUGGGUUAUUCAAAAAGCACCACAUUUAUUAAAAUCAGAAAUAAUAAUGACAGAAAAAUUUAUUAAAAAACAUAUUAGCGAUUAUAGCUGCUAUCAUUAUAGGCAAUUUAUAUUAAAAAAGCUUUAUGAAAUACGUUAUUUUGAUAAGGAACAAGAUUUAAAAUCUCUUAUUGAAUUCAUUAAUUUUUAUGUAAUUGAUCAUGUUACAAAUACAAAUGAUAUUUUAGAUACAUUGUUACCUGGUGUUGAUUUAAAAAAAAUCGACAAUAAUAUUAUAAAAUCAUUUUUAUUUUGUUGUAAUAUUGCCGCAUAUGAUAUUAAAUUUUGUGAUGAAUCAAAAAAUUUUUAUGGACCAUUCGAAUCAUUUGAUUUUCAUCGUAGAGCAUCAUUAAAAUUUAUUGUUGAUAAUUGUAAAGAAUUUACGAAUAAUUCACGUUACAUGAAUCACAAUCAUAAUAAUAAUGAACAUAUAAAAAAUGGCAAUCAUAAAAAUAAGGAUAAUAAUGAUGAUAAUCAACAUGAUAUAAAUGGUGAUAUAAAUAAUGAUGAAACAAUGGAAUAUGAAAAUCAAGAUCAUGAUCUUGAAGAAGAACCAUUAAAUAAAGUAACAAAAGUUGAAAAUAAAUUUUUAUUAGCUUUAAAAAAAUCAGAAGGGCUACUUGGAGAAAAACAUAGACGUUGGUGUUCAAUAUUUUUAGGUUUUGAUUAUAACCAAUGAAUUAAAAAUUGAAAAAAAUUAGAGAAAAUGCAAUAUUUUUGAAUAGAUAAAACGAUUUUUGAAUUAUAUUUAGUAAUUGUGUAUAAUAAGUUUAUUGAAUUAAUUUUUCAAAAAAAAAAAAUUUAUUUUAAUAAUUUAAUUUUAUAAUUUUUUUAAUUAGAUUGUAAGUAGCUACAUUUUUUUGUUACAAUUUUUAUUAUUAUUAUUAACAAAAUUUAAAAAUAAAAAACAAAUUCAGAACCUGGUGCUGUUAUACAUUUUUUUUUUUGUAAAUUGGAAAAUUCAACAAGAACAGGUUCUUUAGCAAUAUAAGUUAAUUUAAUUUAAGUUAUAAAAUAGUUCAUUUGUCACAACCAAAAAAAAAAAUGAA